AUGUCGCAAUCGCAGCAGCCGCUGUACGCUACUGUGCGAGGGGAAGUGGUCAGCUUUCCCGCAUUUGUCCGACUGCCAUCAUCCGCUCGACCCGAAAGCACCUUCAUCCGCGACGGCAAACAGACCGAGCCGGUCAAAUGCAUCACCAUGACUGCCAGCAUGAACGGUGGCUUCUCCGAUCGCACAUGCUACAAGAAGCAGAUUGCUGCGAGAUGGAACAUCGAAGCAGACGCAAUUCGUGCUGUCUUGAUCGACCUGGACGGCGAGCGUGUGCUGAUCGAGGACAUGGCUGACUGGCACAGCUGGGCCAAGGCCUACUUCUUCCAGCCACAGAACUAUUCGAUCUAUGGCGGAAGAACAGACAAGCCAUCAACCGCCGACUUCACUGUCAAGCCCAUAUACAUUGAUGUCGUCAUGGACAAUGCGGAAGGUCAGACGCCAUCAAGCGCAGCGGAGGAGUCAGCUGCAACAAGCAAACAAGAAGAAGACACGGAUCCGGCCGAGCAGCUGCCCACACGAGCACCACACGAUCCAACACGUUCGACUGCAUCGUCUCUACCAGGGCAGCAGAGGUCUAACGACCCGAUAGGCGCGCUGGUCAACAACAUCAUGGAGCCCGUCUUCCAGUCACUUCAGCCGCAGAUUCGAGAUCUCGUAGACACGCUUGCCGGCUCGAUCGCGGCCUUGUCCGCACAGGUGACACAAGCCCAUAACCAAGCUUCCACCAGCAACACGACUCCUCAUCCUAGGUUCACUUUUGCCGAUCAGCCGACUGAUGCACAUGUGCCUGCCCCGGCAGCAUCCGAAAGCAGCAUCUCAGCAGGACCCGAGCCCACGUUGCCGAGAGAAGCCGCAGGCGAGACGCAAAGACAGUCUCUGAUCGAUGGUCUCUUCGACGAGCUCUCCAGCCUCCGUGCGCAGCGCGGAUCCACGUCGGCGGCGGCACCCUCGUCACGCGAUACAGCAACCGGAUCGACUGGCGAGGGCGAGAUGCGCAACGAGCUUACUUCAGCGUUUGCCGAGAUGAUCGCCCACCAGCGAUCCGCCGCCACACGACCUGUGGACGACGACGAGGAGUCCCUGACCAUCGUCUCGACUCCCUCUGCAUCCAGCCGUGCUUCCCGCUCUCGCUCGCGCUCGCGUUCCCGCCGCACCUCUCUCCUCGGUAGCACCACUCUCACUGUCCUGACCCUCCUCACCUUCAUCCUAACCUUCAUCUCCCCCACCGUCGCGCUCACCGCGCUCAACCCCAACCCCCUCACCUCGCGCUCCGCCUCCUCCCUCGCACCCCAAUCCUCGCGCAACCUCCAUCUCUGCAAGUGCACGUGCUUCCAGACCAACUCCACCCUGGUCCCCCUCUAUUCGCCCGCGGACCCAUCCAAGCCGUGUCUGACAUGCACGCGUCAGUUCUGCCUCGACCAAGGGCUGGAUGUGUGCAAGGGCGCGAAGCUGGAGCAUACGGACCACGACGUGGGGACGGGCUUUGAGGGCGAUGUUUGGGCAAAGUGUUUCGAGAGGGAUAGCUUUAAGGAUCAGGGGAUCAUUACGUUGUAUAUCCUGACGGUGGUGGGGUUGGUCGGAUUUGCGGCGAUGAGGGGGAGGGUGGAGGGGUGGAUGGGGAGGUAUCAGGGGUUAGGGUCGCAGGGGUUGUAUGAGGCGGUAAGGGGGGCGCCGUGGAUGAGGGGAUCGAGGUGA